GAAGCAAUUCUACAUUUUCAAUUUCGCCUAGUGGUAAACGGGCUGUAAGCAUAUCGUAGUGCAGGCUGCGCAGCACGUGCGUGACGAUGUUACCGUAAAGUUUAAAUGUUUCUAAAUUCUAUAAAACUAUGAAAUUUAGCAGUCACUGAUCAUUUAGUUUGUAUUUGCUGGAAGUAUUUGUAUAUAGUGAAAUAAAACCCUCAAUUCGUUAAUCAAAGCACGUUUCCAGCCAUCAACACCGGAACUCGAUUUCAAAAAAUAGGAAGUUAUAAAAAUUGCCAGAUGGAAUAAUUUACAAAAUACCUUCUCUAAUAAACAGUUUUCUCACGUAUGAGGAAGUCUAAAGACUCUAAACAAUCUACAUUGACGCAAAACCUACAGUUUAUCGAUACUAAGCAGUUAUACUGAUUUGUAUUAUAAUGCUGUGACCAGUAAAAUAGCUAUAUGGACGUGCACUAUAUGGUUAGUAAUAUAUAUGCACAGAACUAACAGGAGUUAUGAAAUGUUAUAAAACUACACUUCAAGUUGAAGGUCUUCAAUAUGCCGGGCGAGCAAAUCUCAGAUCGUAAUAGAAAGAAGAUAAACAAGAAAUUCUUGUGUACAAAAUGUUCGUUGUUGUUGAAAGAGCCGAUGCAAACAAUUUGUGGGCAUCUGAUUUGUAAAGGUUGUGUUCAAAAUAUUUUAGGAAGUGGAAAUUCUGUUUGUCCAGUAGAUGGAACUGAAUUAAAGGAGAACAAUGUAUUCUUGGAUCGCUACACGCAGCGAGAACUCGUGACGUUAACGUUACACUGUGUAAAUGAGGAAUGCGAUUGGUUUGGCGCUGGAAAAGAAUUACAGGCUCACAUAAACACAUGUGAUUACACCGUGAUUAAAUGCGUUCAUGGACAAUGCUCGAAGGAAAUCCAGCGACGUCUUUUGGCAAAACAUCUAGAUCAGGAAUGCCAAUACAGAUCCGUGCAGUGUGAGAGUUGUCAUGAAACGCUGGCUUUUUCGUCUUUACAGAAACAUAUAGAUGAGGAUUGUCCAGAAGCUCCACUCACAUGCGAAUAUUGUGAGGUGACAAAUAUACCUCGCAGAGAAAUGAGGAAACAUCUUGGUGAAGAUUGUGAGGAAAACGAGCAGGAAUGCGAUUUUAAACAGCUUGGUUGUGACCACAUACAGGUCAGCAAAAGGAAGGUACUUCGUAAGCACUACAAGGAUGCAUCUCGUUUCCACAUACAACUGUUAAUACAGUUUAUUUUCGCAUUAAAAAGCGAAAUGCAGAACUUUGUUUCAAGAUUGAACGGUUCUGCUACGAUGGAGGUGGUAGUGGACAAGGUGAACGAAGUAAAAGACGCCAUCUCGGUUGAAAUCAUGAGCAUCAAUAAUAAGAUUGCUGAGAUAAUGACCGCCAUAACUGAAAUGACGAGACGAAUGGAUAAUAUGAGUUCAAAUCAAGCCACUGGUUCUAAUGGCGCAGCCAGGAACUCUGAGAUAAGACGAGUUGAGGUAAAAAUGGAAAAAGAAGUUGAAAAAUUACAAUUAAGAAAUAACAGAUUAGAGUUGCAACUGAGAGAGAAGACGGAAAUAAUUGAAAGGUAUAAAAAUAAAGUGGAGCAACUAGACGAAUCUGUGGCAAUAAUGACGGCAAAGUUUGCAGACUUAAAUCCCAGGGAGCCACUUCAAACGAAGGUGAAUUACAAUGGUACCUUGCUGUGGAAGAUUGAAGGAUAUCAGAGAAAGCGUCAGGAUGCUAUCAACGGAGUGAAGACUGCCUUGUAUAGUCCACAUUUCUACAGCGCUCAGUUUGGUUAUAAAAUGUGUGCAAAGAUCUAUAUGAACGGAGAUGGAUUUGGGAAAGGAUCGCAUUUGUCCUUGUUCUUUGUGGUCAUGAAGGGCGAGUUUGACGCCCUUCAAACCUGGCCAUUUCAGAAGAAGAUUACCAUGAUGCUCUUGGAUCAAGGUAAUGGUGAUCACAUGGUCGAUGCGUUUCAUUCUGAUCCUCAAAGUUCCUCUUUCCAACGCCCGAAGUCUGAUAUGAACAUUGCGAGUGGCUCGCCAUUAUUCAUGCCUAUUGAUAAUUUAAAUAAUCGUCAGUAUAUCAAAGACGAUGUUAUGUUCAUAAAAAUCGUCGUGGAUUAAUAAAACUCCAUCACCUGAAGUGGGCAAGCCAAAUCUAGCAUAGUGUUCUAGCACGGGGUUCUAUAUGUAUAAGAGACUAAGUGUGUGGGAAAUAGGCUUUUCUGUGAGAAAGGACAUAGAAUACCCUAAGAAUCAAGCAAGUAAUGACUAAAUAAUGAAUAGAAAAUAAUGAAUUAAUGGUAACGACAGGUUAAUAUGCGUGUAUUAUAUAUAAUACAUUGUUUUUAUUUAUCAACAACCAUGGCUAUUUUGGUAUAUUGAAAGACGUAAAAUACUUAACAUUUCAUAGCAACUUAAAUAUUACAAUAAGUGAUAUGUUUCUUGGAUGUAUUAACUACAAAUAGACCUUAGUUAAUUAAAUGCCUCAUGACAUAUUUAUUUAACUAUCAAGACUAUGGAAUUUUGGCUAAUUUCAAGGUAAUUGCUAAGCAUUCUGAGCUAGUCAAAUAAUGUCUUGAAAGAUAAGGUGUAUUUCUCCAAAGAAUCAUUCAAUGUUACAAUAUCUUCUACUGUAAU